CCUUGGACCUUACCAAUUCGUCCUCAUAUUUCUCCGACCUCACCAUCCUUACCAGGAAUAGUCUUGCGCGAGCCCACCAUGACGUUCCCACAAGACCCCCAAGAUCCUAACCACCAGGAUCACCAGGAUAACGACAUGCACGACGAGGACGAGAUUAUCCAGGAUGAUGAGAUUGACGAGGUUCUUGAGGGUGACGACGCUGAAGGUGAUGUUGCCAUGGACUCCGAUGACGACCACGAGAUGGGUGAAGGCGACGAGGAGAUUCUCCUACACAAUGACAGCAUCGCCUACUUUGAUGCCCACAAGGAUUCCGUCUUUGCCAUUGCGCAACACCCCAUCUACCCACAGCUUAUCGCGACAGGCGGUUCCGAAGGCGAAGCCGACGAUGCGCCCGGCAAGGGCUACGUGAUCGACACCUCCGCUGCCGUCUCGCGCCCCGUCCUCCCUCCCAGCUACCAGUCCGACCCGAGCGCCGGCCAACAGCAGAACACCGAGCUCACCCCCAUCUUCGAGAUCGACGGGCACACCGACAGCAUCAACGCUAUCGCCUUCACACUACCCAAGGGUGACUUUCUCGCCAGCGCCGGCAUGGACGGCCGGUUACGCGUGUACGCUGUUGGCACGGGCCACAACCAGUUCCAGUUCAAAUUCAUCGCCGAGUCACAAGAGACAGAAGAGAUCAACUGGCUUCUUCCCUGCCCAUCGGCCGACUUCCCCAACACGCUCGCACUCGGCGCCUCCGACGGUUCCGUGUGGGUCUUUACCAUUGACCCAACCGACGCCGCUAGCCCGAUCCAGAUCGUCCAGUCUUACUUCCUGCACACGGGGCCGUGCACGGCCGGCGCCUGGUCGCCCGACGGCAACCUGCUAGCCACUGUAUCUGAGGACGCGUCCAUGCACGUCUUCGACGUCUGGGGCGUCGCCGCCGCCAAGAAUCUCAUCACCGACAACGGCCAGACCGUCGUCUCGCUCACCGAAGCCGACCAGCGCUUCGCCGUCGAAGGCGGUCUCUACUCGGUCGCCAUCUCGCCCUCGGGCAACUUCGUCGCCGCUGGAGGCGCAGGUGGUAACAUCAAGAUCGUCGGUCUACCGCGCCUUUCCGAGCAGCCCCAACAAACAAAGCCAACAGCCUCCCGUCCCGCCCCUGCCAUCCGCGGCCCUGCUGGCCGUCGCAUGCCCGCCCCUUCACAACGUUCUUCCGCUGCUGCGGGUACCGAGCCCUCAGCCCAAGCAGGCGCCAUCCUCGCCUCCCUCGCCGUCCAAGGGGACAGCAUCGAAACCCUUGCCUUCUCUCCCUUGCCGCAGACCCUCCUGGCUGCCGGCUCGGUAGACGGCAGCAUCGCCGUGUACGACACAUCCCGCUCUUUCGCGGUCCGCAAGCACAUCCGCGGCGCGCACGAUGGCGAGGCGAUUGUCAAGGUGGACUUUGUCAAGAGCGCGACUUCGCAACCCGGCACGCACGGGUGGUUGUUGACGAGCUGCGGGUUGGACGGUGUAGUCAGGAGAUGGGAUCUGCGUGGCGCGACGGCGAGCCAGCAGACGGUUCAGGGCGGUACCGCGGUGAGCGGGUUGAUGAAGGAGUGGAGGGGACACAGUGGUGGAGAAGGCGGUGGUGUUCUGGGAUUCGUGCAAGGGGAGACAGGGGAGAGAGUUGUCACUGCUGGUGAUGAUGGUGUGGUGUUGGUUUUUGAGGCUUGAGCUUGACGUGCAUAGAUCAUGGGGGAAAAGGAGUUCUUGAUAUGGAGAGAUUUAUACCUUGGUGACAGGGAGUUUUGCGUUGAGGGUAUCAAGAUAGACAGCGAAUUGAUUGUUGCAUAUUUGGCAACCUUGGACUGCG